AUGGAUCUCAGCCGUAUCGACCCUUUGACAGGGCUUACAGCAGUCCUGCUUGGUUGCCUUGCCAUUGGUCUCUACCAGCUCUAUUUCUUUGCCUUGCCAAAGCCAAUACCUGGCAUUCCCUACAAGGCAGAAUCAGCCAAAUCCCUUCUUGGCGAUAUACCAACCGUGCUAUCUGGACUGUCUCGAAAGCCCGAGCUGAGAGUGGCAUUCAAUGAGCGCGCACGAUCCUUCAAAGCACGCCUGGUCCAGAUAUUCCCGGGGCCCUUGACACUCCCAAUUGUCAUUCUCGAUGAUGCCCGCGAGGCGCUCGACAUUAUGCUGUACCGCAGCCGAGACUUCGACCGCACUCCAGUGGUCAGCGCGCUUUUGUCCUGGGUUAUACCAAACCAUCACAGUGUCUUCCCGACCGGUCCUCGAUGGAGGGCCCAUCGAAAGCUCAGCCAGACCAUGAUGACGGAUCAGUUUCUGGAUCAAGUUGCCACGCCGGCGAUAUAUGAAACGAGCCUGGACCUAAUCGGACUGUGGAAAAGGAAAGAAAAGGCUGCAGAGGGUCGCGCAUUUCUGGCCUUCAGAGACAUCGAAAUCUGCACAUUGGAUGCAAUGCUUGCUCUGACAUUUGGUGACUGUGCUCCACGUGGGACAAAGGCCCAGCUGGAGAAUUCCAGGCAGUUCGUUGCGUCUGAGAAUCAUACUGUUCAGAGAACUGAGGAUGUCAUCACAUUUCCGCCAGUGGAGGUUGACAAGUUGACUGAUUCCUUUUCGAAGAUCCAACGUUCCGUCGACUGGACCACUUCGACGCUUUUCCCACUGGUGUUUGGCUGGUUCAUGAGAAGACAUCCGCUGCUGAUUCCCAGGUUUCGGACAAUACAUCAAUUCAUCCACCAGGCAGUCAGUCGAUCUAUUCAGCGUCUAAACGAGAAAGUGGCGAGUCCACAUGUGGGAAUGGAUCACAUCGUCUUUCGUGAACACGCCAUUGCAAAAGAAGAGGGCCGACGACCGCAGUAUCAUUCCAGCGCUGUGAGGGAUGAAGUAUUUGGCCUUCUUCUUUUCGGAAAUCAUACCACCAGGACAACUCUCUCCUGGGGUGUCAAACUACUAGCCGAUAAUCAAACUGCACAGGCUAAGCUGAGAAAUGCGCUGAGAGAAGCCUUCCCGUCUGCAGCAUACGAGAGGCGUAUCCCGACUGCGGCGGAGAUCCAGGGGACCUCAGUGCCUUAUCUCGACGCAACAAUCGAGGAGAUUCUCCGUCUUCAGCCUAUCGUCGAGGUUGGCCGUACUGCAGUUCGUGAUGUACAUAUCUUUGACCAGGUCAUCCCGAAAGGGACGAUAGUCCUCGCUCUCAACCAGGGCGCCGGUGUCAUGUAUCCAUUGUACGAUACCAGCAUCCACCACAAGUCAUCACAGCCCGCCGCACAGAGAUGGGAGUCCUACGGCACAAUUGACGAGGCUACCGCGCAGCACUUUAUUCCAGAGCGGUGGCUCACUACCGCGGAUGAUUCCGCUGGCGCUCAGCGAUUCAAUCCCACUGCCUGUUAUUCGCUGGCUUUCGGCGCCGGGCCUAGAGGGUGCUGGGGUCGUCGGCUGGCCUACCUGCAGAUGCGAUUCUUUGUUGCAAUGACGGUAUGGAGCUUUGAGUUUCCGCCAUGUCCGGAGAGAUUGUCGGGGUAUCAGGCGGUUGAAGGGAUUGUGCGUGUUCCGGACCAUUGUUAUGUCAAGUUGAAACUAUCGAACAGAUAA